AUGAUGAACGAAGAUCAGGUGAAAGAAAUAAUCCAGAGAUGGAGAGACACUCCAGAAAAGGGUCUGAAAGCAGAGGACUACCAGCAGUUCCAGGAUCUGGGAUCUGCAUGUCUCUCUGGGGGUGACAACACACAACUACUGAAAUUCAUUCAGGAUGAGAACAACCAGGGAAUUGUGAAGUCUAUGGGUUGUGUUCUCAUGGCACCUCUUGUAACUGAAGUAGUUAAAAAAGAGAAGAGCCUUGAUCACUGCCAGGCUGCAAUCACACACCUGAGCAGGACCUGCAGGCCACAGGAGCUCCUGCAGAGUUUACUUGAAAUAAUCGAGGACAUGCACCCGGGUGCCAUCUCUGAGACCAUCACGGCCCUCGUUCCACAUCUUCAAACAGUGCUGUUUCGACUGGAUGACAGAAAGGCAGCUGGUGUGGGCCUGGUUCUGUCUGCCCUGCAGAGGCAGCUGUCCCAGCUGCCCGUGCCUUACACCCAGCAGCAAGAGGAGGCUGACGAGUACGGCCUGUGUCGCAGCUACGCCGCCUUGGCUGAAUUUACAAAGUCUUUCGUGGAGGAAGUAAAGAGGAAAUAUGGAAACUACGCUAUCACUGCCGAAGACGAGGAGCUAAGGACUGAGCUUCUCAAGUUCUGCAUGAGGAGCCUGAGAGAGCCUUUGCUCGAGGCCGAACUAAACCCAGACAGGAAAACGUCACUUUGGCUCUUUGCAGCAGAGAUAAUGGUCACACUACCUGCAAUCAAAGAGUCCCUCUCUGAGCUCCUGUUCUUCAGCUCUCUGAAGAAGAGCGUCCUGAUGGACAACAGUCAGUCAAAGGAAGCAAGAGCAUGUCUGGCCUAUCUGCUGUUUGUCCAGCUCAUCGCCAUAGACAGCUUUCCAGCAGUGUUCAGUCCUGUAUUUGUUCUUCAGUGCAACAUGGAAUACAUCAAUGAGCUUCUCAGCAGCAAAAAAGAAUCCCACUUGCUUAAAGGACUGGCUCUGUAUGCAAAAAGCUUGGAGAGUGUGCAGGACAACAGCCUUCCAGUGAGUCUGCUGGAACUGAAGAGCUUUUACAGUGUCCCACAGAACCUGAGGGAAAUUCUCACUGACUGCCCAAUGGAACAUGUGAGAAAAUCAGGACUACAGGUUCUCCAGCUCUUCAUCAAUAAAUUAGAUGCUGAGGCAAAGCACAAGUUUUUCAGGUGCAUGUUCAAAACCAGCAACCAUGCAGGGGUAGAAAGUUUUAUAGUAAAGAACAUCAGGAGCCAAGUGAAAUUUUCCAUGGAGCCUGGUAACGCCAAUAAAUGGUUCCUGGGAGAGGAGUUUCUCUCAUUGUUGGGGCUGGUGCUGUGUUUGCCUCGAGGUGCUGAGACAGAUCUGCUCAGCAGUAUGGACAGGAUAAUGGAGAGUCUGAAUCUUCUACGCUAUCUCCUUAUCAGAGACAAAGAACUGUGGACAAAUACAGAUGUGUGGGAAGAGAUGUGCAGGAUCAAAGACGAAUACCUAAAAAUGCUCCGUGUGUGUAUCAGCAUAUCAAGAGCGUAUUAUUCCUCUGAACUGAAGGCACUGAGGGAGGAUCAGAAACUGAAGGCAAAAGAAGCCAGAGAUGCUUCUAGAUCCACCAGAUCAGUCAAAAGCAUCACAGUGAAACAUGAGAAAAUGUCCAAUAUGUCCCCAGAGGUCCAACACCAGGUAUUGCAGAGCGCUUUGGUGACAUUUGACCUGAUGGAGAGUCUUAUAGUCCGUAUCGAAGAGGUCACUGAGGAAAAGCUGAAGGUCCCAAACUAA